ACGGCUGUUGAUUGGUUCUCAGCCGUAUCCGGUGGGGCAGCGGUCCAGGGCUCGGGAAAAAAAUCGAAGCGAGGAGGAUCUGGUAACGGUACGCUUUGAGAAAUAUCAUCCAUCCCGAGUCGCUAUCGAAGGACUCGGCAGGAAUUUACAGUUUCUUUACAAAGGUUAGAGGUCACAAAGCAGGGUUGCGGUUGUCGUCAUGGCAUCUGGAAGUACGAGCAGCGAGGAGGAGCGGAGCCUGAGGGAGUGUGAGCAGUAUGUGCAGAAACACAACAUUCAACAGCUGCUGAAGGACUGCAUUGUCCAGCUGUGCACCUCCAGGCCGGACAGGCCCAUGGCCUUCCUGAGGGAGUACUUCGAGAGGCUGGAGAAGGAGGAGACCAAGCAGAUUCAGAACCAGCAGAAGGCCAGCAGUUCCCGCUCAGACUCGCGUGAUGAGGAGGUGUCUCCACCCAUGAACCCGGUGGUAAAGGGCCGCCGGCGGAGAGGAGCCUUCAGCGCAGAGGUCUACACAGAGGAGGAUGCAGCCUCAUAUGUCAGAAAGGUCAUUCCAAAAGACUACAAGACGAUGGCAGCCUUGGCCAAAGCUAUUGAAAAGAACGUUCUCUUCUCACACCUGGACGACAAUGAGAGGAGUGACAUAUUUGAUGCAAUGUUUCCAGUCACCUACAUCGCCGGGGAAACCGUUAUUCUGCAGGGUGACGAAGGGGACAAUUUCUAUGUUAUCGACCAAGGGGAGAUGGACGUGUACGUGAACAAUGAAUGGGUGACCAGCAUCGGGGAGGGAGGCAGCUUCGGAGAGCUGGCUCUGAUAUACGGCACCCCGAGGGCGGCUACUGUUAGAGCCAAGACCAUCGUCAAGCUGUGGGGCAUCGACAGAGACAGCUACAGGAGAAUACUCAUGGGAAGCACUUUGAGAAAGAGGAAGAUGUACGAGGAAUUCCUCAGGAAAGUGUCCAUUCUAGAGUCUCUUGACAAAUGGGAGCGCCUGACAGUCGCUGACGCCUUGGAGCCCGUCCAGUUUGAGGAUGGACAGAAGAUAGUGGUGCAGGGAGAGCCUGGAGACGAGUUCUUCAUCAUCUUAGAGGUACACUUCAUCACUAACUGGGUCUCGCAUGCGUUUUGAGUUUUACCUUUUGAG